UUCGUCCAUCCCCUCUCAUCCAACGGCCCAAACCCCCCAAAAUUUCCCAAACCAUAUCCCUCACUUUUAUAAAACAAUCCGGACAAAACUCCGGCCACAUCUCUCCUCCACAACCGCAAAUGGCCUCUCUCGCCCUCAAAACCUUCGUCGGCCUCCGCCAGACCUCGCCGGAGAGCCACCAUUCCGCCGCCUCGUUUAAGCCGAUUUCUACCCAUAGGCGGCUCCGCGUGGUCGCCGGUAAAUUCAGCCCCAAGGUCACCGGCCGGAACCUCCGGGUUGCCGUCGUGGGCGGCGGCCCGGCAGGGGGGGCAGCCGCGGAGACUCUCGCCAAGGGCGGUAUUGAGACGUUCUUGAUCGAGCGGAAGCUCGAUAACUGCAAGCCGUGUGGCGGAGCUAUCCCGUUGUGUAUGGUCGGAGAAUUUGACUUGCCGUUGGAUAUUAUCGACCGGCGGGUCACGAAGAUGAAGAUGAUAUCGCCGUCGAAUGUGGCGGUCGACAUCGGGAAGACCCUGAAGCCUCACGAAUACAUCGGAAUGGUCCGCCGGGAAGUCCUGGACGCCUACCUCCGGGACCGUGCCGCCGAGUCCGGCGCCACUGUCAUUAAUGGUCUCUUCCUCAAGAUGGACAUGCCGGAGACCUCCAAUGCUCCGUAUGUCCUCCACUACACGGGAUACAACGUCAAGACUGGCGGCGCCGGCGAGAAGCGGACGCUGGAAGUGGACGCGGUGAUCGGCGCCGACGGCGCGAACUCGCGCGUGGCGAAGGCGAUAAACGCCGGGGACUACGAGUACGCUAUCGCGUUUCAGGAGAGGAUCAAGAUUCCCGACGAGAAGAUGCAGUACUACGAGAACUUGGCCGAGAUGUACGUCGGCGACGACGUGUCGCCGGACUUCUAUGGGUGGGUGUUCCCGAAGUGCGACCACGUGGCCGUCGGCACGGGUACCGUGACCCACAAAGGCGACAUCAAGAAGUUCCAAAGCGCCACAAGGCUCCGCGCCCAAGAAAAAAUCCUCGGCGGCAAGAUCAUCCGCGUCGAAGCCCACCCCAUACCCGAACACCCUCGCCCCCGCCGCCUCUCCGAUCGGGUGGCGCUGGUGGGGGACGCGGCCGGGUACGUGACGAAGUGCUCCGGCGAGGGGAUAUAUUUCGCGGCGAAGAGCGGGCGGAUGUGCGCGGAGGCGAUAGUGGAGGGAUCGGAGAACGGGAAGAGGAUGGUGGAGGAAAACGAUCUGAGGAAGUACCUGGAGCGGUGGGACAAGACCUACUGGCCGACGUACAAGGUGCUGGAUGUUCUGCAGAAGGUGUUCUACCGGUCGAAUCCGGCGAGGGAGGCGUUCGUGGAGAUGUGCGCCGACGAGUACGUGCAAAAGAUGACGUUCGACAGCUAUCUGUACAAGAGGGUGGCGCCGGGGAAUCCAUUGGAGGACCUGAAGCUGGCGGUGAACACCAUCGGCAGCUUGGUCAGGGCCAAUGCUCUCAGAAGAGAGAUGGAGAAGCUCAGUACGUAGUGUAUGAGCCAAAUUUGCAUCAUCAGUUGUGAAUCUUUGUAUCCGUCUUUCAUGUAAUGUUUGCUUUUGGAUUAAUUCUGUAUGUUUGGUUACUGCCUUACUGGGUCUGGGUGGGUGAAGACUGAAGAGAAUACAUUUAAGGGGAGGAUUCAUCUCAACUCCUGCUAAUACAUUGCUUAAGUUGCGGCUGAA